AUGAGAAGAGAAAAUAGUGUUGCCAAAAAAGCCCUAGUCUGGUGUCUUGUAUUGCAAGUCAUCAUAUUUCAAGGGAGCUCAGUUGACAUGGCUUUCACGCUAAUGAUGAAAAACGAAAUGUACGGAUUAAAACGUCCAGCUGUUGUCUACCGGUGCAAGUCGGGUGAAAAAUCUCUCCGGUGGCACCAAUCGUCUCCCGAUCUGGAAUUUUCAUGGGAUUUCGGGGUUCCGUUGUAUGGAACCGCCGUUGUGAUUCACCGGUGCAAAUUCCUGUCGAGCCAAGGGACAGCAGAUGUCGAGAUCAAGACGUUGUCGAUGACAACUAUGUUGUGUGGAGGGAAUUUAUGUAAAUACGCCAUUAGGCCGGACGGUAUAUAUUUCGUUGGUUAUGAGAUCUAUUAUCCGCACGUUUUGUUAAAAUUCUUGGAGUUUGUAAGGCCUGUUGACAAGCUUGUCGAGCCAUGGAAGGCGUGGUCUCCACGGCAGCUAGAAGCUUUACGAGCGCAACACAACAGCACCAGACCAGACGAUGACAAAGAAAAUGAUGAUGACGACAAGAAAGACGACGAUUAG